AUGACCGAUUCUGAUGAGGCAGCUGGGGACACAAUUCAGGUGGAUCCUGAACCUACUCCGCGACCAAGUUCGCGAGAAAAAGCGCCGGUUUCUGAACCGAGGAAAAACGAUGCUUAACGCCACUCGAUGGCUCGGCCAGAAAAUUCGAAAAAACAAAACCUUCGUCUAAUUAAAAGGCUCCAAGAAGAAGAGAAACAAGUUUCCUCGACGUUAUUCAUUCUGAAGUGUCGAGCAAGAACACUUCCCGGCACUUAAAUGAAACUGUCGAAAGUGUCUUUGCAGAGUCCAGUGUUCUUGACCAAAGUAUUGUUGAUUUCACGUCCGAAAAAAGUUGAUUCUUUUGACUUUUGUGAAAAAAAUAUUUGAAAAGACACGGCACAGCUUUUAAUCCGGUCAUGAAUCAGCGCCAAAUGAAUAUUGCUGGCCGUAUUUUGGAUCCACUGGGUCCCCUAUAACUCAACUGUGGCAAGAUGCCCUUACUGCAGAGACAGAAAAGACAGGUUUAGAUCCUGCAGCAGUUAUAAAGUUGGCCCAUCGAGCCAUCACACUGGCAGGCAAUGCAUCCUACUGCGCUCUUGUUGACCUGAGUAAUUGAUGAUCGCGAGUUAUUUUUGCCUAAUUCUGCAGAUUUGUUCAGGAAAAAAAUCAAGAAGGCUUUCUUGAAGGAGCUGGAGCUCUCGAAGGAAGGAAGUAAGAAACUUGAUUCCUUGGUGCGCUGGAAAAACCAUGGCAACACUAAGGGGUGGACCAUUAGAUAUCCUGGGAGGGGCUUGGGGGGAGGGGGCUGGCAGAUCCAAAAAAAAUUCAUGCAAGGAGUUGAAUUCCUGUAAGCACUUGGGGAAAGAAAAAAAAUUCGUGCAACUUCAUGAUAUAUCCAAGUGAAACUUAUUGAGCACAGGCAGUAGUUUAAAAGCGCUAAUAUGGCUCAUUUUCAGAUAUUUAUAACUUUACAGUACUUGUCAGUGAUACAUGUACAUGCUAUGCUGUACAGUAUGUAGUCUAUGUACAUGCUGUAAAACAUUUAAUAACAUCAAUAACAUUAUAGAUUGAAAAUGAGGUUAUAUAUAGAGCAUAUCAGGCCUGUAACUAGCUGGGUCAACCGAGUCAGUUGACUUGGUAAGAUUUUUGUGAAAAAAAUUCAAAACAGGAGACUUCAAGUUUAGAGAAAACAGAUCCUGAAUGAAAUUUAUUCAAAGGUAGAACUCAUGGCCGUAGAGACCGGGGGGUGUGGCGGGGUGCAACACCCCCCUGACAAUUGCACACGAGCUAUUUCAGGUAGAUUUCCAGUAGAUUUUCGGGUAAAUUCAGGUAAUUCUCAGGGCAUAAAACACGGUGGGAAAGUAAGAAAGCAAAUUGGGCCACUUAGUUAUAACUUUCUGACCUUAGUUGGGAAUAUCACGAAACUUCCUCACAGGAUAGAACUUAACAUUGCUAAAAAUCGUAUCAUUUCUGUUGUUCGAUUUUGUUACAUUUUGGCAGGAAAAUUAUGUGCCAACUUUGGCGCCAAAAAAUUAAACAUGAGCUAAGAAUAUGCUAGUAACUUUUUUGAAGAGAUUGUCCUAUAAGGAUCUCAAAACUGUAAAAACAUUGAAAAUACAACAAGACAGUGCGAAGAUAUGGCGAUUCAAAGUUCGAAAAAAAUUCUAUUUUUAGUAACAAAAUGGCGGAUUUUUCAGAUCUUUAAGCACCAUAUCUUUGCACUGCUUUGGCAUAUUUUCAAUGUUUUUACAAUUUUGAGAUCCUUAUAGGACAAUAUCUUCAAAAAAGUUACUAGCAUGUUCUUAGCUCGUGUUUAAUUUUUUGGUGCCAAGCAAAAUCGAAAAACAAAAAUGAUACGAUUUUUAGGAAUGGCAAGUUCUAUUCUGUGAGGAAGUUUCGUGAUAUUCCAAACUAAGGUCUGAAAUUUAUAAGUAAGUGGCCCAAAUUGCUGUCUUAUUUUCCCACUGUGAAUGUGAACUCCAUGCUCUGAAUAGGAAUUAGAGUUGACAAUCGACCAACUAAAGAUAUUGAGGAAUGAGAGGUGUCAUGGCAGGGGGGACAUGGCCAAAAACCCUUUCUGACGAUCUGGAGACUUCAAAUUUUCUCAAUUUUCCACGUAGUCACAUUAAUUGAAGGCAUUGAACUUUAUAAAUAAUAAUACUUAUCUUCAUUGUUAGGUAAUACUAAAAUAUUGAAAUAUUGGGUAGGAAAGACUCUAAAAUGCAUGUAUGUAUAAAAUGCACUUGGCCACUCCAAUCAUGGGGUAUUGAUUCUCCCAUUCCUGAGGGUCACUUAGUCAUAAUUUAUGGUUUGGGGGGUGGGAGGGUGGCAUUUCACACCUACGCCCUCUCAAUAUCUGCAUGACCCCCUCCGGCAACAGCAAAGCUCACAUGACCUCCCCAAGAAAAGACCAAAAACUUUAGAAAUGGUAUGUACAUUAUCAGUUAAACAAUUAAGAACUAAAAGUCUUUAUUUCAUCACAUUAGUAAUAGUGCAAAAGCUCCUGUAAACUUGUAACCAUUUACAAACUCUGGUGACCCCACAAAAAGAAACACCAAACUUACACCCCCCCCCAAUUUUACCUUCCCCCUCCACCCACAGACCAUAAAUAAUGAACACUCCCUUACCCAAGUUAUUCCCUCAGGCCGAUUAAUGGUUGGCUCUUGCUGGCUCUGCCCACGCUUGACUUGAUAUGUCAGCGCGAGUUGCGUGCGCGAUUAAACAUAUCUAGCGUGUUGCCAUUUGAGUGCGUUUUGGCGUUCGAAUGAAACUGAAAUUUAAUAAAUAUGAGCUGUUGGAUUAUUUUAUAUUAUGUUAGAUUAUAGCAACCAGCAGGGAUGAGUAAACUAUCAGUUUUUCUUGUACAAUUGGCUGUUGUAUAGUAUAAUAUAUCAUAUGUGAUAUGCGGCGACCUUUGAUAUAUAAAGCUCGCUAUUGCUGGUUUUUAUGUCUCAAUUAUUCAACAUCGAUUUGUGAUUCCUCUUUAGUUUCCCACUCACAAAAAAUAUUUGAAAUACAAAUAAAUACCCAGCAUAUGGAUGGUUCAAACUGUUUUGGGGUGGUGAUGUUUAAGUGUGACAAAUUUCUCUUAAAACCCUUAAGGAUGCAAUAAAUGUUGUUGACGUUGUUGAAAUAUAAUAUCCUUUCAUAUAAAGACUCAGACUCCUGUUGAAUAUUCUCUUAUUAUAUAAACGAAAAUAUGUACUAAUCAUAUUGUACUUCUGUACAUAUUUUUCUGUCUGUUCCUCGCAUAUUAUUUGAAUACACUACUUACUAGUUGCAAAUGGUUUAUCAGUCAUUGUGUAUUUGUAUUUCAUAAUAUUUUGUUUCACGGCAGGGGCCUAUAUUAAUGAUCAUGGCGUGUGCGAAUUCAUCACGCAAAAAACGCGUUGGACUUGCCGACUCACAAGACAGCGUUAAUGUCGGUCGCUAAUACGUAGAUUUUGUCCAGAGUACAGCCAACUUUUGUCCUACAAUAAGAUUUGUAAGCAUUGUAAUCUGGAACGAUCGUUUUAGUGCAAAUUAUAUUGACAUUGUGUGAGACAUUGUUGUAUUCACAGCAAUAUUUUCAUAUCAGUGGCAUAAUCGUUAAGUUUCUAAUUACCACAAUGCAGUAUAAGAGUAAAAGGUUCCGUGAUAAUAUUUUUGUACAUAUCCAUGAAUGUUUAGUGAGUCGGCAAGCCGUGUUUUUAAACAUUAAGUUAAUUUCCAUUAUCACCGCCUAUAUCUUGUCACAUAACCAGUUUCCAUGGAAAUCAAAUAGUUGAAAAAUAUCGGCAGUUGAUUUGCAACAUCUCACUCAAAAAUAAGAGUCAUAGUGUACUUUGUUCAUUUUUAAUUAAUUUUUAAAGAUUUUUUCUAUUUUCCCACUCCUUACGAAAUUGGAGCCAGGCAUUAAUGCACCUGAGCCCCUGCUAUCAGAAACGAAGUUCACUUGCAUUACAAAGAACCAUUACAGUUUUGAUGUGCCUCUGAUUUUCAUAUGCUUGAUAAAACACUUCUAUAUCCCAACCACUUAGGCCACUAUUUGUUCCAGGGCCGUCCCCAAAUUUGAUACAGGCGGGUGGCCAGCCAUUACCAUCAUGUCAUUUAACCCAUUGAGUUGCAUUGCACCCUGAUGUCCCCUACUUUAUUAUUUUACUCUGCCUAACACCAGAGAUUUUACUCAUCAAGUUUAAUAUGUUAAUGAAUGAGUUAAUGAAUGGGUUAAUAUGUACAUAGAGUGUCGCCUUUGUGCAUGCUCAUACAAUUUUCUGUUUAAUUAAUUAAAGUUUUCAUUGAUUUCUGGUACGAUAUUAAAAUGUAAAGCAAUGUGUUGCUAUUUGAGCUUCGAAAAAGCGUCUAAGGCAGGAAAGAAAUGGUAUUUUGCAAAAAAAGUAACAUUUAGUGGUUCGUGACAGUUAUAUAGUGCAUUAUAGUAAAGGUCAGAAACUGAAUUUUUCUCAAUAUUUUAUUGUUUCUCAUAUUUGAUUUUGUAAAAGUCAUAGGAGGUACUAUCCAUCCAAUCAAUUUGCCAACAAAUACAGAGUUGAGUAGGAGAGCAUUGCUAGGAAUCAUAAAGCAAGGACCCUUGUAUGUCAGGGCAAAGUCCAGUCUUGUAAGUACAUAUAAUCCUCUUUUUUAAUAAAAUAAUGUAGAAAUUAACCUAACUUCAUUAAGCUAGUAUUAGGCCAAACAAAAAAAAUAGAUACGCAGUGCGCACAUGUGACCAUCGCUGUUUAGACAGCUAUGGUUUAGUCAUUUUACACCCAAGUAUAGUGUAUAAAACACGCACAAUAUCGUUCAUAUAUUCUCACUCUGCUUUUCUAAACAACGUGCAAACUAGAACUACCCAGUACCCAUAAUACCCCCCAAGCAUCAUUAAUGUCCUCAGUGUUCCUGUUGUUACUACUUACGUCACAGGACACUAUACCAAGCACAUUUCACAAAUAGCAAAUAUCAGAAAUGUAAUGAGGUGUGAGGUGUAGCUCAUCAACACAUGCAGGUAUCCUUUCAAAUUUAAAUCGAGCAUAACGCCAUAUUCUAUUGAAUUUAUCUGACAAGCUAUAAUUGUUUCAAACAAGUUUUCAAGUUUUUUUGAAGUGCGCUGUUCAAUUACAGAAAUGUUUAGUACUUUUAUAGUUUUAAAAAAAUACUUUGACAUGCAUUUUGUAUACUGCAGGAAAUUGAUGAUGACUCUGACAAUGAAGAUGAUAGUUUAUUGGAGCCUAAUUGUCCGGAUGAAUCAGAGAGAAUGUGUCGAUCUAACAAAAGUAUUAUGUCAUAUGUAACAUCCUCAUCAAAUGCUGCUGAAGAAGUUGCAGAUCACCAUGAUAGCAUCCCAACCACCAGUUGUAGCGGCAGGCGUCUUAAGACAGAAGGUAUCUUAUACAUGUGAUCAACAUUUCUGUUCAUGAUUCUUAUAUCUAAUUAAUUUUACUAAUGUCAUGCACUUACCUCCAAGUAGACUUUCCAAAGUCCGCGGUUCGUGGUUCCUGGAAGCUACGGACUUUUGUCACCCGCAAGCGCGCCAAAAUCACCGGUGCAUUUUUGCUCCGGUGACGUCAGUGAAUGCUCAUUAUUAUUCUGUACUAACGACGCCAUUUUGUAAAAUUUAUAUUUAAUAUAAACCAUUGAUAAACAGACUCGCCAUCCAUUGUGAAUAUAUGGAAAGUCGCAUGAACAAAACAAUAAUGAACAAGACACUCUAUAGAGCGUUAACUGGGGCUGUACACCGUACAAACACGCACAUAACCGUAUAUGAUUCAUACAUGCAUGCAGGACACAGUUGUUUCACUUAAGAUUUAUGGUUGUCCCUUGGUUGUCCCGAGCUAAGCGGAACUGUCGAAUACGAGCGACAAAGGGUUGAAGAUUAAACUUUUCAGUUACAGUUUUGUUCACUCUGUUUUGAACUAUAUCAACAUGUAACAGUGCUCUGUCUAUCAUGCAACCUACUUUAUUAUUUUAAUGUCUUAUAUACCAGUCGAUUUUGCUUGUCAAGGGGAGAGUGCUGCCGCUCUCAAAUUGGCUAGGUUUGUAUUGCAGGUAGGUGGCUCAGUUUUGAAGUUUCUGUUAAUAUAAUGAGCCCAGCUCAUGAUUUUAUACAAUCAGACACAGUACCAAUGCGGCCUAUACAAACAAAACUCCCGGCGUUAGUCCACCGGCUAGGAUUUAUAAACAGCGCUUUAAAACGUUAAAAAUAAAAUAGUUUGGGGCCUUUGGGCACAAAAUACUAUCAAAAUGAAGAGAGAAGUGAGACACAUCCACUGGUAUACGGCCGAAAAAGAGAAAACCAACGAUACCAAAAUUAUCAAGGAUCAAACGUACUGCAUUUUUUAUAAUUAGUUGAAUAAUUUUGAGCGAUUCGUUCGCAAUACAAUUUCGCGUGGAUUUUACUGUAAAGAUAAAGGCCAUAAAUCGCUAGAAUACCGUUGUUUAGUGAUACAUUUGACAUCUGUAAGUACAAUUUCUUACGCUGAAUCGAACGUUGGUAUUUUUAUCCUUAUUGCGCCAUUAGCCAUUACAAAUACAAUAUAUUUCACACUACAGUUUUCACGUUUCCACAGCUAUUAACAACAAUUUAAUAUAGGGACUGUUGUUGGAUAAAUUUUAUAUUGAUAUGACUUCUCGUAAAGUAGUUAUCUAUUACAGUAAAAGUAAGUUGUGUAGUUUCCUGUAAGUUAUAAUUUUACCUUGAAAUUGUCUUUGCCUCGUUUAUAUUCAGAUUCAGUAUAUUAUGAUCGUGCACAGGAAUUCGACGAUCCAAAUUUCGGAUUUUCAGAGUCGUGCACAAAGAAAAACGCAUUAACUAAACUGGCAAGAAUGUCUAGAGUUAGACACAAUGCAAAAUCCAUAAAAAACAGCUACAAUUCGUUGAAAAUUUUAACGAAAUUGUUUGAAAUAUUUUGGCCACUCCACGAAAGGCCCCAGCGUGUCCCAGCAAGUAACUAGUGAAAUUGACAUGGUGAACGCCCACUAUCUCAUAAUUGAUUUUCACGCCAAAUUUUUCAGUAAGAUUCAAAAUCAGGCAAGUGACACAAGUCGCUCGCUUCCGUCUUUCUCAAGCGCUCCCUUCUUGCUACGCGCGGUCCCUAGCGAGCGACUUGGGCAAGUCUAACCUCCAAGCUGUCUAUAUAUUAACCCAUUAAAGCACAAGUAGAAUAAUCUGGCCUUAUGCACAUCAAAUAAUAAAGUAGGGUGCAUAUGCUGGUGUGGCAAGACAGUUUUGUUCACUACAAUUGACAGCUAGGACGCAAUUUCUAGUUUUUAAAAUUAUUUUUAAUGUUGCCAUUGAGUGGUAAUAAUUUUGAUAUUUACCUUUUCAAUUCACUAAAAAGAGACUAGAAUGUAUACAGUACAGGGUGUAAUAAAAAGUGCACAAUUUUUUUGCAUAUUCCGCAAAAAUUUUAUGUAAAGUAAUACGAGUAGUUCGGGUCUUUCCGAUUACUUUACCACCAAAAUUAUUUUGAAAUUAAUUUUAAAAGUAAAUUUUCAAAUGCAAGAGUGCUGUUUUUAAAAAGCUAUUUAAAUAGCACUCACGCACAGUGACAGAGAAAUAAAUGGUUUAAAGAUGCAAGAUUGGAUGGUAUUUAAUGAUCAACCUACCAAUAUUACAAAUAAUUUGAUGUGUAUCACACAAAACCACUAAAAACUAUUGAUUGAAACAACUAAUUAAAUCUGAUUUUAUACCUGAAUGAUUUCAUUAUAAAAAAAAUCUGUUGUUGCAUUUAAAAAAUUGUGUAAAAUACUAAUAUGGCAAAAGUCCUGUGAAGUUUAACCAUUUAAAGCCGGUUUUCCACUAGCGAUUUUUUCCCCGCAAAUUGACGUUAUUCUUUUAUCUAAAACUAAUUAGUUCCACAUGGUUCCAGCCGAAACCUCAAGGACAUAUGCAAAUAGUUGAAAUGGCUUAAGAACCGGCUUAAGUGGCAAUGCGCCCGACUUUAUUAUUUUACUCUGUCUAACGCCAGACAAUUUUACUUGUCAGGGGGAGAGUGCUGCCACUCAAUGGGUUAAAGUUUUAGUGGUUUCACACUGUGGGUAAUGUACACUUACACUGAGCAAGUGAGCAUGUAAAUGUACAAUUAGGGACAUAAUCACUUCAUCACUGUUUAUUAUAGAACACACACAGCAACUUGCUGAUAUGUUCCCUGAUAUGCAAAGGCAUGCUCUCAAAGAAACAUUCAAAACUUCCAACUAUGAUAUUCAUACAGCUGUUUCCACAAUUCUUAAUGCUGGAAAAGGUAUGAGAUAUAGCUAAUUGUGGUUUAAACACUCUCAAUACUCUACCAAAGAGUUUUGGAAGUGUGUUACAAUUACUGUCGAUGCAAUGGAAGUGUUGAUAAAAUAUUACAUGAAUUCAUUUCCUCAAGUUGAUCAAUUCAUACAAAUUCAAAUUUCUUUUUACUUCCUAUUGGUCAAUCGGUUCUGAAACGAAAUCUAAUUGGCUCAUCUAAAAGUAACAGGAAGUUGAUCAAUUUUCUAUCAAAUGAAUUGAUCAACUUGAGGAAAGGAAUUGGUGCAAUAUUUAUCAACACUUCCAUUGCAUCGACAAUAAGACUGCAUUUGCCCAGAAUAAGAUACAGGGUAAAGCUAGUGAGGCAUUCAUUGUAAUGGUAUUAUGGUACUGACCUGGAGGUGCAUGCCAAAAUUUCUAGACUUGAAGAAAACAACAUAGAUUUGCAAGCCACAAUCUUCAACAUACUUGGUGCAUCAAGUACUUUAUUAGGGCCUACGUACUUAAAGAGUUAUUAUGAAACAUAACGUGAGAAACAGCACAAAAUUUCCUCCUAGUUUAUUAAUUAACCCAUUGAGUUGCAUUGCGCCCUACUUUAACACCAGACAAUUUUACCAAUGAAAGGGAGAGCGCCAGUAUUCAGUGGCUAAAACCCUAAAAUGUGUUUAAUAAACUUUGGACCAGUCCCUUGGUUUUCAAUACACUUUUUAGUCUAUUGAAAUUCCUCAUGUAUUAUAUGUUGUUAUAUUAAUUACUUACUUCACCUACUUUUUGACAUAGAACCAGAUGUGCAACACAUAGCCGAAAAACAAAAUGAAGUUGGCAACAGUGAAGUGGAUACUGAUGAUUCAGAUGAUGUAGAAAUAUUGAUGAAUGCUCCAUUGUCAUCAGGCGCUAUAUUUAAUAGCAGUGAGAAUGCCCUUGAAAAUUUGCAAAGAUUCGUGAAAGCUGUUGUUCCUCAGUUUGGAGAGGACCUAGAUGUCCACACCCAUAGGCGUACGGGGCCGUUAAAUUCUGGGGGGGCGGUAGCUUUUUUGCCCAAUAAAUUCCACAUUGCCCAAAAAAAUUUUUUCUGGAAAAAUUAUUUUGGCGACCUCCCCCCCCCCACCAAAAAAAAUUUCGGUCAGUGUACCAUUUUAGGGGUCAAAAAAAUUUUCCGGACAACCAAUAUUUUUCGGAACAUAACACAAAUUUUCCAAAAAUCACAAAAUUUGCCAAAAAAUUUACUUAAUUUUAGACAAAAUUGACAGAAUUUGUCCCAUUUUUUUUAAUUGCAAACCAAAAUUGCCCGACUGUUGAUCGAAUAUUGCCCGACUGCCCAAAAAACUGGGAAAUUGCCCGACUGCCCAAAAAACUGGGGGGCUACCGCCCCCCUUGCCCCGUACACCUAUGUCCACACCAACAGGAAAACAGAUAUCAUACCACAAGUGAUGCGGAAAUAUAAGAACCCCACAUUUGACAUCUCCAAACCAUUAAAUGUACAUUUUGCAGACAAACCUGGAUUAGAUGGAGGAGGACUUACACAAGAGUACUUUCAUCUCCUGAUGAAGAUGUUACAGAGACGAGAUGGGUCACUUAUCUUAUUUGAGGGUUUAAAUGGACACCUCGUUCCAAUUCACAACUACGAUAUUUUCUCUGGUGGAUUGUUUGUCCUUCUCAGGAAAAUCAUUCUUCAUGCUGUCCUGAAUAGUUGUAGUGGAAUGCCUGGGUUAUCCCCAGCAGUUGUCGCCUACCUGUUGACUGGCAAUCGUGAUGCUUGUGUCGAGCAUGUCAAAUUGGCAGACAUACCAGAUCCUGUUCUCCAAGACAAGUUAGAUAAGAUUGUUUUUAUUUUUUAA